UGCGCUUUGAACAACUCUUAAGAAUGGAGGCGUGUGUGCAAAACUAUAAUGUUGGUAUGGAGACUGAGUAGACAAUAGAACAAUCGGGGUCGGGGAAGAGAGAGGAGGACACCUCCAAGCCUGCGCGUCGGCUCUCCGGUGACUCCCAUGUCUCUCUGCGGGGUUGGUGCAGCCCCAAAAAGACUCGCCCCUCCACAAUGGCUCGUGGAAAAUCGGCUCAACCCGUAGGAUUCUCUUGCAGCUGUUCAGGGGGGCGAUGAUAGGACCGAUGCAUCGAACAGAGUCCUUAAAGAGUGGCCUGAUACUUUUUUUUCUCCCCCCCUUGCGUUUCUGCUGUCCUGCAGUUGUCUGGCAGGCGACCGUCUACUAUGCGUAAAAUGCGCUCGUAGAGGAUAGAAGAGGAACCACUGCACGCACCAAAAUUCAGACAUCUUAUAGCAGCAAAUCGAUUUUGUUCAUAGUUUCCGCAAACGCGGAUGGAUUGUGAAUGAAUUGUGCAAAAAGGAGGAGAGUAUAGGACUGCAGCUUGUGUUGCGUGUGAUGAUAGGAGACACAAUGACGCUCUUGUCUCUUCUGGGUCGCAUCAUGCGUUAUUUUCUCCUCAGGCCGGAGACGCUGUUUCUGUUGUGCAUAAGCCUGGCGCUGUGGAGCUAUUUCUUCCACACCGACGAGGUGAAAACCAUCGUCAAGUCCAGCAGGGAUGCCGUGAAGAUGGUGAAGGGGAAGGUGGCGGAGAUGAUGCAGAACGAGCGGCUCGGAGGCCUCAGCGUCCUGGACGCGGAGUUCUCCAAGACCUGGGACUUCAAGAACAACAACGUGGCCGUGUACUCCAUCCAGGGGAGGAGAGACCACAUGGAGGACCGCUUCGAGGUGCUCACCGACAUCUCCAACAAGAGCCACCCGUCCAUCUUCGGGAUAUUUGACGGUCAUGGUGGAGAGGCGGCAGCUGACUAUGUGAAGGCCCACCUGCCCGACUCACUGAAGCAGCAGCUGCAGGCCUUUGACAGAGAGAAGAGGGAGAGCGCUGUCUCGCAUGCCAGCAUUCUUGAGCAGCGCAUCCUGGCUGUGGAUCGUGAGAUGCUGGACAAGCUCUCUGCCAACCAUGAUGAAGCAGGCACCACAUGCUUGAUGGCACUGCUGUCAGACAGAGAGCUCACAGUGGCCAAUGUUGGGGACUCUCGCGGUGUGUUGUGUGACAAAGAUGGGAAUGCUGUUGCAUUAUCACAUGACCACAAGCCAUAUCAGCUUAAAGAACGCAAGAGGAUCAAGAGGGCAGGAGGCUUCAUCAGUUUCAAUGGAUCCUGGAGAGUUCAGGGUAUCCUCGCUAUGUCCCGCUCCCUAGGGGACUACCCCCUCAAGAACCUCAAUGUAGUCAUUCCCGAUCCGGAUAUAAUGAUCUUUGACCUGGACAAACUGCAACCAGAGUUCAUGAUCCUGGCAUCCGACGGCCUGUGGGAUGCCUUCAGCAAUGAGGAGGCAGUGCGGUUCGUUCGUGAACGUCUAGACGAGCCUCACUUUGGCGCAAAAAGCAUAGUUCUUCAGUCUUUCUACCGCGGCUGCCCUGAUAACAUCACCGUCAUGGUGGUGAAGUUUAAGAGUGGACCGGGGGGGAGCAGCAAGGCGGGUUAGUAAGUCAGGAUCACGAUUAGAGCUAACAGUGUGAUCAGUAUGAUUCCCCCCCCCCCCCCCCGAUCAUCUGGAGGAAGCAGCAAGUAUGCUAUCACAGGAGAACAGAUGGAAACUGAUGUACGGACACUGAAAACUUUACUCUUGACAAGUGCACUGACAAACAUAUGCACAUACACUUGCUAACACAUGUAAAAAUGAACUUUCACUUUAUUUAAUUUGAUUGAGAUGAGGGCAUUUUACCACAGAUAUAACUAUCUUCCAUAAGAAUCAUUAUUUCAUUAAAAAAAAAGUACACUACUAAAACAACAAACACAGGGGAUGUUAUCUUAACCAGCACACAUAAGACUGUGAUUGCUUUACCUACUGUUUACUAUACAUGCACUGCUUUUUCAGAGGAAGCUCAAGUUGUGCCUACAAGAUUUACUGUUCUACCAUAAGAAGGUGCUGUAAAUGCAACUAUAAAAACACCUUUCAGCAUGCAGAAUUUUGAUGAUGCUCUAAAGUCUCCAUCGGACCCAAAUCUUUCGAUAAAGUAAUAAUAAAAGCAAACCUCAACAUUGAGUAAGAAAGACUCACCCCUGCGUUCUUUACCUUUUCGCCUGUUCACCCUACAUUCAUCUUGAAUUUAUGCUGAGUAUGAAGGAUUCUAAAAGAGAGCAACCACUGCGCUGAAAAUAGAUUGGAGGUCACAGUUUUCAAAUUAAGACAGUCCAAAAAAACUAAAAUAAAAAUGCUCAAGAAGAAAACAAAUUAAAUGUGAUGAUUUGAAACACACUUAAACCUCUUUCAAAUUUUGGAUUUAUUGGUUAUUGUUCAACGACAAACUGAGACAGUGAUUUUUAAUGAUUUUCUAUUAUUUCUAUAUACUGUGUGUGUCUGAGUUUAUUUAGCCAAAUUAUGCACAAAUUAUUGGACUUAUGAAAUGCCUGUUGAUCUGUUUGUGCACAUUUGGACAGUUAGUUGCCUUCAAAGUGGGUGUGACUGUGGUUGAUGGAACCAACCAGUAAACAGCACAAGGAGCUGAAACCUGUUAGAGUGGGAUUCUCUAUGAAUGCACUCUGACAAAGAGGAUGAAAGGCUCGUGUGUCUUCCAAGCUGAGUUUUCUUUCUAAGUCACCUUUCAAGUCUGAGAAAGUGUGUCAUGCUCAAACGAGAAACUGAGGGAGACAUUCUAAAUUUACUUACAAAACAAACAGUACACUUGCAUAUGUAAUGCUAAAAAAUCACACAUCAAACAUUCUUGUUAUUGAACUGUAAUGCAGACAUAACAGACAAUUACAACAUUAUUCUUAGUGAGUCAUGAUGUAAAACCUGACUAAAUCAGAAACCCCCCUUUUUUUGCAAUGUUAUUCAGGUAAUGUGAUCUGUUCCCUCCAAGGUGUUUGUCACUGUCUGUAGUAAGGCAUACAUGCUUUGACAUGCAUGACUUCUGCAUGUUCAAGAACAAAGUACUGACCAUGUUUGUCACUGGACACUGGUAGCUGCCUUUGACCUGGACAGCACACAAGACUUGAUAUGGCAAGACUUUUAAAAAGAUGACUCAUUGUGAACUGCACAGCUGAAGUGAUCCGAAACGUGAUAUGCUCCUGAGGCAAUACAACCAGCGUCAUCGACAGCAGUGACAUGUUACAAGUUCCAGUAAACCAUAUUUGAUUUACUACUGAUUUCAGUCCAGCUGUUACCACUGUGUACCAUGACCUUUCAUCAACUGAGAGAAAUGGUGACUUUUAUCUUUUUUUUUAUCAGUUUACCUAAUGCCUUAUUUAUUGUUGAUUUUAGUUGCCAGGCAGAUUGCCAAAUAACUAUGAUGGGUGUUUAUUUCCAGUUCCUUCUGCUCAUGAGCUAAAAAUUUACAGAAAAAAGAGAAACAUCAUUUUACUGUGGAAAAAGCAGUUUAUGUUAACGGCGCGAGUGGAUGUUCGGUAUGACAUGUUCUAUGUAAACUCAGUAGCCUAUUAAACUCUUUCAUGUGAA